AUGAAUAAGAAACGUGUACGCGAGGCAAAGCUGCAGUAUGAAAGGGAGCGCCGCGAGAGGGACGCACAGGAAAAAGUCUCGCGGCCGAGGCUGCGGGCGCCCCGCUCGUCGCCCCGCUCGUCGCCCCGCACCCCGGCCCGCACGGAGCCCGGGCGGGGGCCGCCCGCACCCCCGGGCCCCCCGCCCCCGAGCCCCGGGAGCACGGCCCGCCCGGGGCUCGUCCGGCCGCCUGCGGGCCGCUGCCCGGACCGGGGUCCCCGCUGCCCGCGGGGGUCGGGGAGACGGGGCGCCGCCGCGGGGGCCGCCCUGCCGGGAGGGGGCGCCGCUGCUCUGCGGGCUGCCCUGCCGGGAGGGGGCGCCGCUGCUCUGCGGGCUGCCCUGCCGGGCGGGGGCGCUACCGACCCGGGACUCUUGCCGGGUGUGCUGGGAGGCGCGGCUGCGCGGGGUGCCCUGCCGGGAGGGGGCGCUACCGGACGGGGGGGGGGGGCCCGCUGGGCGGGGGGCGCUGCCGCGUGGCGUGCCCUGCCGCGAGGGGGCGCUUCCGGGCGGGGGGCCCUAGUGCGUGUGGUGGGAGGUGCCGCCGCGCGGGGUGCCCUGCCGGGAGGGGGCGCUAACCGCGAGGGGAAGGGUGCCCCGCUGGACGGGGGGCGCUGCUGCGUGGUGUGCCCUGCCGGCAGGGGGCGCCCCCGAGCGAAGUCGCCCUGUCGGGGGAGGGUGCUGCUGCGUGGUGUGAUCUGCCAGGAGGGGGCGCUGCCGGGAGGGAGUGCCCUGCCGGGCGGGGGGGCGCUGCUGCGUGGCGGGGGGCUGCCGCGAGGGGGCGCUACCGGGCGAAGCGCCCUGCCGGGAGGGGGCGCUGCCAGGAGGGGGCGCUACCAGGAGGGGGCGCUACCGGGCGAAGUGCGCUGCCGCGAGGGGGCGCUCCCGGGCGAAGUGCGCUGCCGGGAGGGGGCGCUCCCGAGCGAAGUGCCCUGCCGCGAGGGGGCGCCAGGGAGGGCGCCCGCGGGCUGGGCGGGGGCGGGGACGGGGAUGCCGUCGGCCUCCCGGUCCCCGCGGCCGGCGCGGCCGCCUCCGGGGGUCCCGAGCUCGGCGGGUCCCGGCGGGGGCAACGCGUCCCGCUGCGGCUGGGGCACGGAGCCGCACGGGCCGGCCGAGCGGGCGGCGGUGGGGGCCGUGCUGACGCUGCUGCCGCUGCUGACGGUGGCGGGCAACGGGCUGGUGGUGGCCGCCGUGUGCUGCGUGAAGAAGCUCCGCCAGCCGGCCAACUACCUCAUCGUGUCCCUGGCCCUGGCCGACCUGUCGGUGGCCGUGGCCGUCAUGCCCUUCGUCAGCGUCACCGACCUCAUCGGCGGCCGCUGGGUCUUCGGGCGCCUCUUCUGCAACGUCUUCAUCGCCCUGGACGUCACCUGCUGCACCGCCUCCAUCCUCACCCUCUGCCUCAUCAGCAUCGACAGGUACCUUGGGAUCACCAGACCUCUGACCUAUCCUGUGAGGCAGAAUGGACAGUGCAUGGCCAGGAUGAUUCUAUGUGUGUGGCUACUCUCUGCCUCCCUCACCCUCCCACCACUCUUUGGCUGGGCCCAAAACGUGAACGACGAUAAAGUCUGCUUGAUCAGCCAGGACUUUGGUUACACCAUUUACUCCACUGCCGUGGCCUUCUACAUCCCACUGUCAGUGAUGCUUUUCAUGUACUACCGGAUCUACAAGGCCGCCAAGCGCAGCGCGGCCAAGCACCACUUUGUCGGCUUCCCGCGAGCCGACGAGCCCGGCGGCGAGAUUGCUGCCAAUGGCCGCCUGCAGGGCCGUCAGGAGUCUGAAGAAUGCACGCACUUCUCUAGGCUCAUUAAGCACGAGAGAAAGAACAUUUCCAUCUUCAAAAGGGAGCAGAAAGCGGCCACCACCUUGGGGAUUAUUGUGGGGGCCUUCACCGUCUGCUGGCUGCCGUUUUUCAUACUGUCCACGGCCAGGCCCUUCAUCUGUGGUACGGCGUGCAGCUGCAUUCCCUUGUGGGUGGAGAGAACUUGCCUCUGGCUGGGAUACGCCAACUCCCUAAUUAACCCUUUUAUAUAUGCCUUCUUCAACCGGGACCUGAGGACCACCUACCGCAACCUGCUCCAGUGCCGCUACAGAAACAUCAACCGGAAGCUCUCGGCCGCGGGGAUGCAUGAGGCGCUCAGGCUAGCCGAGAGGCCGGAACUUGUGCUACGAAACUCUGACUCCUCAAGGAAAAAAAGUCAUGACUCAUGAGCCAAAUCAGAAUGAUGCCUUCCACAGCAGACAAUGCAAUACAGAGGAGGAACAAGAACAAAGACCCAGGCACGAAGAUGUUUCUGGGCUGGGGGGACUGCCACUGCUCUCUUUGGUUGGGAGUGGUCAAAAGCUGUCAGUCUUGGUGUGACCCAAUCCACUCUAUGGGAAGAAUAACAGCGAGGGAUUCUGUCUCCCAUUUUGCAAUGGACCAAUGCUAUUGUGUAUGAAUGAAAAUAAUUUUCUGCUGAAGAAUACCAGACCAUUUUAGCCAUAAGCACAUUAACACUCAAACAACCAAAUCUUGGAUUGGAGAAACACCAUUUAAAGUUUUCCAUCCUUCUAAAUCCAGGAAGGGGAAGAAAAAUCCUGUCUUUUGUGCCCCUACUCCCUCCCACUUGUGAAUCCAGACAUUAUUAUCCAGAGAGUAUCUGAGUCAGAAAAAAAAAAUGUGCUGUUUUAGAGAAUGAUAUUUUUCAAAUAGUGGUAAAAUGUACACUUAAAUUUGUGUUUAAAAUCCUGUCUGUCAAAGUGAAGUCAGUAGUCAGCAUUGCAAAACAAUGGUCCCAGGGCAAGGCCAGGGCAAACCUGUCUUUACCCAGAGCUCCUUUAUCUUUCAGAGAAAGAGAUAUUCUCGCUGACCCAUUCUCCAUGUUUUAGGUAAUGGGGAUGGAUUUUACAGCAGAGAAAACUGGAAAACAUGCUAGUUGUCCAACUUCUUCCUUAAGAUGUGGGGAGAUGCAGGGGACUCUGGAAACCUUGAACUGCAAAGAGCCAUUGAAAUACACUGAGUUACCACAGGACUAUUUGGGAAAGGAGAUAUGAGCAUUUGAGGUGGGUGGUAGGCAGAGGUUAUGAGCAUUUGAGGCUGGUGGUACCUACUAAACCACGCAACAAUCAGGAGCAAGGGAAGGGAGACUUAGGUCCAUUCCCAGUGGCUUCAGGGAAGGGAGUCUGGGUGUCUUCCUCUUUCACUUUCAGUUAUCUUGUCUUAUGUCAAUUGAGUCAUCUCUGAUUCAUAGCAACUCCAUGGACACAUCUCUCCCAGAACACCCCGCCUCCAUCUUUAAUUGUUUCUGGUAAUGUAUCAGUAGAGUUUUCUUGGUAAAAAUACAGAAGUGGUUAACCACUGCCUUCUUCUGUGCAGUAAACUCAAGUCU